AAACCGCCGCACACCCCCGCCAUGGCGUCUCGAAUCCUGCCAUCUGCCUUCCGGCGAGCUCCUCGAGCCCUGCGACAGCUCCAGCAGCAGCAAUGGCACUGCCGGCCGCUCAGCACCACGCCCGUCAGGCGCAGCGACUCCCUCCAGGUGCACCGCGACUCGCCCGAGAACAACCCGUCGAUCCCCUUCAAAUUCACACCGCAGAACGAGCAACUCAUCCAGGAAAUCCUCUCGCGCUACCCCUCGCAGUACAAGAAGGCGGCCGUGAUGCCGAUCCUCGACCUCGGCCAGCGCCAGCACGGCUUCACCUCCAUCAGCGUCAUGAACGAGGUCGCCCGGCUGCUCGAGAUGCCCCCGAUGCGCGUCUACGAGGUCGCCACCUUCUACACCAUGUACAACCGCGUGCCCGUCGGCCGGUUCCACGUCCAGGUCUGCACGACCACCCCCUGCAUGUUGAGGGACAGCGAUGCGGUGAUGAAGGCCGUCGAGGACCAUUUGGGCAUCCACCACGGCCAGACCACCAAGGACGGACUUUUCACAUUCACCGAGGUCGAGUGUCUCGGUGCGUGCGCCAAUGCACCCAUGGUCCAGAUCAACGACGACUUCUACGAGGACUUGACCUACGAGUCGACGGUUGAUCUCCUCAAGGCGCUGCAGUUCGCUGCGGAGAAGACCGGCGCGAAGCCUGGCGAGGUGGGCUCGGCUGGCCACGUCGGCACCGGCCACAUCACUGGAGACUUGCCGGUGUCCAGCGAGCAAGGAAGGGCCUACGAGGCGGCCGGUUUGAAGGUGCCAACACCGGGCCCGUUGAGCGGCAGGAAGAGCUGCGAGCCCGCCACCGGACUGACGAGCUUGACGAGCGAGCCGUGGGGCAACGAGACAUUGAGGAAGGACGGUCAGCUAUAGUCGGAGAAGGUGGUUUGGUUGAAGCUGUCGGACGUUGAGAUGGAAAACGAAAUGGAAACGGACGGGUACUGUAAAUAUCACAAAGUAUGAAAGUUUGUGGAGAUGGCUGGGCUGGGCUGACCUCCGUUGUAGCAGCAGCGGCAGCGGCAGCAAAUCUGUAGAACAUGCAAUGACAAUUCGAUUUUGAAUCAAACC